AUGAACACCCGGGGUAGAGGAACCAGAGGUGAAUCGAGUUCGCGAGCCAGAACGGCAGAGGAUCCUAGAGUUGAUGGAGUUUUAAGGGCUCUAGAGGCGAUUGGACAGUUGAUAGGCUUGCAGACUCAAGAACGAACUGCUGCUGCUACUGCUGCCGCUGAGGCUGCUGCAGUCGCCGCUCAGAAUAAUCCGGGGAAUGGAAAUGGAAAUGAGAAUCACCAGAAGCAUAAGCUGGUAGAGCAGUUCUUGAAACUUAAGCCAUCAAAGUUCGACGGGAAAGGUGAUCCCGAGGCUGCCACUCGAUGGGUUGAGGAAUUGGAAAAGGCCUUUGCACUUCUAGGGUGCACAGAGGAGGAAAAGGUGACUUUGGCUGUGUAUCAACUUCAAGAUAAUACUAAUGAUUGGUGGAAGGCCACCCGAGAAAGAAUUUUCCCGGUGGGCACGGUGCCGAACUGGACCGGCUUCAUCGAUGCCUUUAAUGGGAACUACUUUUCUGAGAGUGCUCAAGAACAGAAGAUGGCAGAAUUCUUACGGCUUUGCUAG